UGGAACACAAAACGCUAUUUGGGAAGUGGCGAAGCAGUCGAUGGACCACGCUCCGCGCGUCCUAUAUAGGUUGCGGGGAUCUUUUGCAUUUCCGUUUUACCUUCUAAUGCCUUCAAUUGUAUUCGCUGUAUUCUCCGAACAUGACAUACAUUACCAGCUUCCUUGUCUCUCUUCUAGUGGGAGUUGCAUCUGCAAAUCCGGCCUCUGUCCACGAUCAGCAGGGAUCCAGUCAAGCCCUGAUCUGCCCGGGCCUGAAAACCGUUAACAACGGCUGUAUUCGAUAUACCCGAGGAUUUGACGUGACCGGUGUUACUACUGAAGUCGAUCUCAAAUUUCCCCAUGUCAAAAACGAAUGUGAUUGCAUCCAGGAAUGCUUGAAACGACUCGAUUCGUGUGCCAAUUAUGUUUGGAAGUUCUCAACUCCAGAGUCUGUUAAAUCGGGCCAUCGCACCUGCACGUUGUAUUCGAACUUCAACCUUCCACCCAAAACAAACCUAGACUUCAAUGUCGACAAGUCUACGAACAUUCAGUUAUUGAGUCCAGAAAAUAAUCCCCAAAUGGGUGGCCUUGUUCCACAAGCCUUUAAGGAUCAGAAUCUUAAUACCACCCCUGACCCAGACGCUGUUUCGGGUCCUGUCUGGGCUCUAGCAGAUGGGUCCGUUCAGUGUUAG